AUGGCGUCAAAGAUAGUCGUCAUUGGCGACGUCAACUGCGAACUGCAGGAAGUCUUCACUAAGCUUGCAAAGCUUCAUGUCAAGCAGAGCUUCUCCUUUGCCAUCAUUACAGGGGACUUGUUUGGCGAUUGCUCCUCAGAACAUGAGCUCCAGCAGAUGACAGCCCUACUACAGGGCAACAUCGCGGUCCCGCUUCCGACAUACUUCUCUUUGGGGAGCAAGGCUCUUCCGGCUCGAGUCAUUGAGCAAAUCGAAGCCAAUGAUGAAGUCUGUCCCAACCUUUACUUCCUAGGGAAGCGCGGCACAUUGAAGACCUCGGAAGGUAUCCGCAUUGUCGCUCUAGGUGGAAAUCUGGUGGAUGGCAGUGCUUCAGGCACCAAGUACCACCCAUCUUACACCGAGUCCGAGGCCAGGACACUCCUCGGCGCGCACCAUGCCGACAUUCUUCUCACCCACCAGUGGCCCAAGGGCAUCCAAACCGGCUCCAAAGUAGAGCUCCCAGAGGGCGCCACGCCACCCCAGGAAACCCAAGUUAUUUCAGACAUCUGCUCGGCUCUCAAACCGCGCUACCACCUCUCAUCAACAGACGGGUUCUUCUACGAGCGCGAACCCUUCUUCCACCUCCCCACGGAAGACAGCCCAGACGCCAAACCACUCACCCGCUUCAUCAGCCUGGCCUCAUAUAUCAGCAGCAAGACCUCCAAAGCAAAAUGGAUGUACGCCUUCACACUCGACCCCAACGCGCCACCCGCACUCACUAUCCCCGUCGGCGCAACCGCAAUACCCUUCCGCUUUGCCCCCGCCAAACGCAAACCCCUCCCCGACCAAAACACCUCCUACAGCCGCUUCGCACCAACAGACGACCAUCACCACCACCACAAGCGCCGCAAGGGCGCGCGCGCCCCUCCCCCAGGGCCCGACCAAUGCUUCUUCUGCCUCUCGAACCCCAACAUCGCAACCCACCUCAUCACCUCCAUCGGCACGGAAGCCUACCUCACAACAGCAAAAGGACCCCUCCCCACCUCCAAAACAUUCGCCCCCUCCCUCAACUUCCCAGGCCACAUGCUCAUCAUCCCAUUCAACCACACUCCCACACUAAACAGCAUAACCGACACCCCCAGCCGCCACGCCGCGUGGACCGAGAUGCAUCAGUACCGCACAGCGCUACACUCCAUGCUGCAAAGUAAAUCAAAGGGCGCCCUCGGCGCCGUCACCUGGGAAGUCUCCCGCUCAAAUGGCAUCCACGUGCACUGGCAAUUCCUGCCCGUGCCGACAGACCUAAUAAAGCGCGGUCUCGUCGACGCAGCAUUCAAAGUCGAGGCCGAGAACCUGAAGUAUCCCAAAUUCGAAGCGCCGACAUCAUCUUCCUCGAAAUUACCAUCUGCGUCUGAAUCGGAAGACGGCUCCGGCGCGGACCCCAGCGCCGAACCGGGCGAUUUCUUCCGUCUUUGGAUUUGGGAUCCGCCUGCUUCUGCUGAGGCUGGAUCAGAUCAAGGUGCCGAGGGCACAGGAACUGAGAAGACACUCUUACUUCCAUUGGGAGACGACUUCCGCUUCGACCUGCAAUUCGGCCGCAGUGUGAUGGCGAAACUCAUGCAGCUGGAGAAACGGAUUAACUGGAAGGAUGAUGUGCAGUCGCAGGAGGACGAGGAGGCCGAUGCGGCGGCGUUCAAGGAAGCAUUUAAGGAGUUCGAUUUUACGUUGGAGGACUAG